CAAGGCGCUGUUUCGCGCGAAAGUUGUUCACUCGCAAGAGACCAGGAACGAAGAAAUGCCAUAUUAAAAGGUUGUAUUCGGAGUGUUUAGCGAUACAGAGCGUUUGUGAUUUUUCCAAGUAGUCACACGUUGUAUUUCUAAUACACAAAUUCGGGAUGUCGCAGGCACGAGUCACCGAUUUCUUUUCCCAGAGCAAGAAAGGUGGUAUUGAUCGGCUUUUCCAGGGGAAAGGGAGAAAAAACACACCGGUUGUUUUUGUUGAUCCGGAGGAAUCGCAGGUAGUGGUAAAGAAGGAGAAUGCACGGACAACUAGAUCUAAAACUAAAACUACGUCUAGGCCGGGUACAACCAGAUCCACGCGUGCUAAAAAAUGUGUUCAGGCGGAACCGAAGAAGGAGGUACGGGAUCUAUUGCCCGACGAUUUUACCUCCGUGGACACGGCGACGACGAGUUCUACGGACAUGGCACCCACGGAACCCGUUGAACAAUUUCCCACAAGCCCACGGACUCCCAAGCGGAGUUCCUCCGACGCAGAGUUCGACCUAAGCUCGGCAUUGUUUUCCAUCACCGCUGGGCAUAGUUCGGCCAAGAAACGACUUCGGGUCGAAUUGGGUCAGGAGGCUACGGCUAACUCCGCAUCGGCGAUAGCAGACGUGACAACAGGGAAGAAAUCUGCCCGAAAGAAGCUUGUUCUUCUUAACGACGCAGAGCAGGCAUCCGGGAAUGUGGAUAAGCCGGCUCCGCGUCCACCCAGUCCCCUGCCCGACGGCAAGGAGGUGAAGAACCUGGUGAACCACACCGACAGCUCCACUCCAGCCGGUAGCGGGCAUGGUGUGUCCAGCCCCCAGCAAACGGCUCCUAAGAGCAAGGCCUUCAACAAAGACGAUGUCGCAGCUCUCAAAGCUCGUCUCCAGAAGAUCCAGGAUCAAGGGAAGCGCGCGACGGUUCCGUCCACGGCGCCGUGCCCCGCGUCCGCCGAGCUGAAGGGCAGUCUGGCCCGAGCGCGCGAGCUGGGAGAGCGAGCGCAGCGUCGCAAGGAGGAGAAGUUGGCCCAGAAGGCCAAGGAAGAGGCAGAAACCGGGGAAGAGACUGUUGCUAAGGAGAGCGAGAACGUUCCGGCGUACCAGCGCUACCACACCCUCGCCCAGGACGUGCCCCCAGGCCUGCACCUGCCCUACAGGUACAAGGUUCUGUCGGAGAUGUUCCGCAGCAUGGACACCAUCGUGGGCAUGCUCUUCAACCGCUCCGAGACCGUCACCUUCGGCAAGGUCAAGCAGGGCGUCCAGGACAUGAUGCACAAGCGGUUCGAGGAGAACCACGUGGGCCAGAUCAAGACGGUGUUCCCGUCAGCCUACACGUUCCGCCAGGAGAGGAACAUCCCCAACUUCAGCGCGACCGCCAACAAGUCCCGCUACCAGCUCACCGUGGAGCCCGUUGUUGAAGAAGAAAUGCUGGGCGUGCGCCCGACGCUGAGUGCCUCCGGCCUCCUGAAGAGGAGGCGCCUCUUCCACCGGAGUCUGGUUGACGUCGUCAAGCAGCAUCACAAGGUGUUCCUGGCGUCCCUGAGCCCCCCCCUCAGCGUCCCGGACGAUAAGCUGACCCGCUGGCACCCCCGCUUCCGCGUGGACGAGGUGCCGGACGUCCCGCCCAGCCCGCUGCCCCGGCCCCCGCAGACGGACCGACUGACCACGGCGCAGGAGGUUCUGGACCGCGCGCGCGCCCUCAUGACGCCCAAGAUGGAGAAGGCCCUGGCCAACCUGGCUCUGAAGACCGCAGAGGCUGGGGUCACCCCUGAACAGCAGGACCCCGCUCCCAAAACCACCCCCGCCCCACCCAGCGCCCUGCGGGGGGUGAGCCAGUCCCUGCUGGAGAGGAUCAGGGCGAAGGAGGCGCAGAAGAUCCAGGCGGCCAUGACGCGGAACCCCGCGCAGGAGGAGCGGCUGCUGAUGAUGUCACGGCUGGCGGAGCUGGCCCGGAUCCUGCGGAACGUGUUCGUGGCCGAGAAGAAGCCCGCCCUGCUCAUGGAGCUGGCCUGCAGCCGCGUGGUCGCCAGCUACCGCUCUGCACUCAGCCCGGGCGACAUGGAGCGUCACCUGCGUCUCCUGGCCGAACUCGCGCCCGAGUGGCUGACCAUUCAUCCAAUCAGGAAGGACGUCUACCUGAAACUGAACAAGAUGGUGGACCUGAGUGUGAUCGUGGAGAAGGUGGACCGGCAGACCAAGGAGGAGGAGAAGCUCUGAACUCGUUUUGGGGUUUUUUUUUUACCGGAGAGCGCAAAGCAAGGCUGUGGUUUGGUGGCGUUGAGCGGUCCGUCCCCCCCUGCCCUUCCGACUGUAGGAGGGGUGAACUGAUCCUGAAGACUAAAGAGCCUUUGUUUGCUUUAAGACAUUUUGUGAGGAACCGUUUUUUUUUUUUUUUUU